AUGAACUAUUCAUUUCAAGAAGCAUCCCCUUCCCUAUUACAAGUACAAAGUACUGUUGAUUGGCUCGUCCAAAAUUUCACUAAGAUUCCACUCACUGAGGAUCAAAGCUGGAAUGGCACAAAUGCAAAUGGAACCAGUGUUGUCAUUUCUGAAUGGGAAGGGCCAACAGAAGCUGUCAGAAAAUGGCUGGUGGGCAAACCCCACGUCGCAGCGAAGAUAGUACUGACUGUAGCAUAUGCAGUCAUCAUAAUGAUAUCCCUCUUCGGCAACUCGCUGGUAUGCCAAGUUUUUAUCAAACACAAGGAAAUCACCAAAUCAACAGGCCUUCUCAUCUUUAAUCUGGCUGUAUCUGACAUUUUGAUAAUUAUAUUCAACAGUCCGUUUGCUUUGGCCCGGUUCCUGAGUGGACAGUGGUUAUUUGGCAGGAUCAUGUGCCAUGUGAGUCGAUUUGCUCAGUACUGCUCCCUCCACGUCUCAACUCUAACGCUGAUGGCUGUUGCCAUGGACCGACACCGGGUAAUUCUGCACCCAAUGAAGCCAAGGCUAACUUAUUUCCAAAGCCUGUUGACUGUUGCCCUGAUCUGGAGUCUGGCAGUGUUCCUUGCUCUCCCACAUGCAAUUUAUCAAAACCUGUUUUCUUUCAUGAACAGGGAUGGCAUUGUCAGGAGUCAUUGCCUCCCUGCUUUUCCUGGCCCAAGCAAGCUGAUUGUGAAGUAUGUAGACCUUGGUACAUUUGGUCUGCUGUACAUCCUCCCGCUGCUGGUGAUUGUCAUAACCUACUCUCACCUGGGGAAAAGGUUGUGGAUACAGAAUGCUGUUGGUGAUGCAUCUUCUAGUCAACUCUUGGCACACUACCAGAAGCGGAAGAAGAGCAUCCGAAUGCUAAUUCUUAUUGUAAUGAUCUUUGCAGUAUGUUGGUUUCUCAAUUGCUAUAUGGUUCUUAUUUCCAGCGCAGAUAUAGAAGCUGAGAGUGUAGUUUUCUAUGCCUUCCACUGGUUUGCUAUGAGCAGUACCUGUUACAAUCCUUUCAUCUACUGCUGGCUCAAUAGGCGCUUCCGUGCCAAACUCAGAUCUAUUACAUCCUGGUGUGAAAGAUUUAUGCCAUUAUCCAGGCGUGCCCGGGUUCAGCAGCAAGAUCAAGUGCAAGAGAGUCAUGAGCUCCAGGAGCUCCGGACAUCUGCACUGCCACAGGUACCUCUGGCAAUUCCAGAACCCCAGGUGUUGGAGGAUAUCAGUUUAGCUACAGGGGAGGGGAAUUCCCAGAUCUCUAUCCAUGGGGAUUUGGAAGAUCCAGAUGUUUCCCUGGAUCAAGAGGAGAAACAAUGUUCAACCCACGAUGGCUAUUUCUCUGUUCAGGUGCAUACGGUCAAUCGUUAA